GUCGACCUGGAGCCGGGAUCGCAGCGCGGCCAUGGGAGCUCCUGGGGGAAAGAUCAACCGGCCCCGAACGGUGACUGUGUGGGAGCCCUGACUGCCCAAGCGCCCCAGAGCCCCUGUCAUCUCGCCCGAGAUGAGCUCGGAGCUGAAGAAGAAGCUGUUCAAGCGACGGCGGGUAUUGAACCGGCAGCGGCGACUGAAGCACCGGGUGGUUGGGGCUGUCAUAGACGAAGGGCUGAUCACGCGGCACCACCUCAAGAAGCGGGCGUCCAGUGCACGUGCCAACAUUACUCUGUCUGGGAAGAAGCGCCGAAAACUCCUCCAGCAGAUCCGGCUUGCCCAGAAAGAGAAAGCAGCCAUGGAAGUGGAAGCCCCCCAAAAGCCAGCCAGGACUAAUGAACCACAGCCUAAAUCAAAAAAGAAGACAAAAGCCCCCCAGGAUGUAGACAUGGAGGACCUUGAAGAUAAGAGCUAAAUCUCUCGCCUCUUCUGCCAGAAGAUUGUCAACGGGAGCCAGGAGGACUGAGUGGUUGUUUCAGAGGACUGCAGAGAAAGCAUUGCUCCUUUAGACUCUUCCAGAUUCCUCUUGCAUAAUGACCCAGUGGCUUGCCCUGGAGGGAUGUGUUGAGAGGAAGAGGGUGGGUCAGACAGUUUGGAGAGGGGGCUCCUUAACAGUCAACUCCACUCACAAUAAAGCCCUAGAGUUCUCACUGA